UCUAUUUUCAUUUUCCCUCAAAAACCAGUGUUAAACCCCAAAUACCUCUCUGUUAAACACUGUUGAACCACUGUUAAACACUGCCUUAUCAACCAACCAUAGUGAACUCCUCCGACCACAGCAUCUGAAAACGCCGCAGUGGCGGCGAUAUAGCGACCCCCCAUCCUGGGACCCUAAACAUCUCCAUGGAUGUCCGUCGCUGCACAAACGUACUUGAUUCAUCUCCGACCAAACUUAUACUGAGAAAACGACCUUACUCCAAUAUCACCAUCCACAGCCUCUGUCUUUUCAAACGAAGACGGAAUUUCACGCUUUCCCGCCGGAAGACCCCCGUAUUUCUAGCAUCUUCUUCGUCCUCUUCAAAUGGGUCCCAAGGGUCUUCUUGGCCUCACCUUUCGCAGUCCAUUCACCGCGGUUUCCAACAUUUUCUCAAGAAAUUGGGUGAGUGUGUGAACAAAGAGACGAGAUUUGAUGAUUCUGAGUUUGUAAACGGAGCUCUUGAGUCGGUCAUGAAGGGUCAAAUGCAGCUAGAUCGGAUUAGGUUCGAAAUGCUCCCCAAGCUUAUUGAGUGGCACAAAUGGGAGCUUUGGAGGGAUAUUAAGAACUGGGAACCGAAAAGAGCUGUUGUUUCGCUACUAUAUGUUGUCAUCGCAGCUUUAUCAUGUCAAAGAAUCUAUAUGGCAAUUCGUGCUCCAGUAAUUGUCAGAGAAAGAAGAGAGUUGGCGGAGCAAUAUAUGGAGGCCAUAAUUCCUGAGCCUAAUCCUGCUAAUCUGAGAAGAUUUAACAAAGGUUUAUGGAGAAAGAGUGUCCCAAAAGGUCUAAAGUUUAAAAAAUUCAUUGAAGGAUCAGAUGGAGGUUUAAUUGGUGACAGCUCAUAUGUUGGGCAGCAUGCAUGGGAGGAUGAUCUUGAUGGCCCUGGAGACAAUAUCAAAGAAAUUAUAGUUGGUGAUGUGGAAAUGAACCGAGAAGCUAACAAGUCUAUAAAAGAAGAUUCAAGAAUAUCAGAUGAAUCUCAAGGGAGUGUUGGAAAUUGGCGUAAAAGACUUCAAGUAUGGAAUGACAUUCUUGGGAAGGAGAAGUUGGGCGAACAAUUAAGCUCAUUAAAUGCUAGGUAUGCGGUUGAAUUUGACAUAAAGGAAGUUGAGAAUAGCCUUCGCAGGGACUUGGCUGAGAAAAAAAGUGAAACUCAAGGAAUAAGGGCAAUGUGGAUAUCAAAAAGAUGGUGGCACUAUCGGCCUAAACUUCCAUAUCUAUAUUUUACUCAAAAACUUGAUUCAUCCGAGGUUGCUUCCAUUGUAUUCACGGAGGAUUUGAAGAGAAUAUACACAACAAUGAAAGAAGGGUUCCCUCUAGAAUACAUUGUUGAUAUUCCAUUAGAUCCUUUCUUGUUCGAGAUGAUAACUAGUUCUGAGGCUGAAGUGGAUCUUCUACAGAAAAGGCGGAUCCAUUACUUUCUGAAAGCGCUAGCUGCUCUACUGCCUGGAAUACUGAUUUUAUGGUUCAUUAGGGAAACUGUGACUCUGCUAUGCAUUACUACAAACCGUCUCCUCCAUAAAAGAUAUAAUCAUCUUAUUGACUUGGCUUAUGCUGAAAAUUUUACUCUGCCUAUGAGAGAAAUUGGAGAAACAAAAUCAGUGUAUAAUGAAGUAGUGUUGGGAGGAGAUGUUUGGGAUCUUUUGGACGAGUUGAUGAUUUACAUGAGAAACCCUAUGCAAUUUUAUGAGAAGGAAGUCAAGUUUGUUAGGGGUGUUCUCCUUUCUGGACCUCCUGGGACGGGUAAAACACUUUUUGCCCGGACGCUGGCAAAAGAAAGUGGUAUGCCAUUUGUUUUUGCUUCUGGUGCAGAGUUUACAGAUAGUGAAAAAAGUGGUGCCACACAGAUUAAUCAACUUUUUUCUGUUGCUAGGAGAAAUGCCCCUGCCUUUGUGUUCAUCGAUGAGAUUGAUGCUAUAGCUGGAAGGCAUGCAAGAAAAGAUCCACGAAGAAGUGAAACUUUCGAGGCUUUGAUUUCCCAGCUUGAUGGAGAGGAAGAGAAAACUGGCGUUGAUAGGUUCUCCCUCAAACAAGCUGUAAUUUUCAUCUGUGCUACUAACAGACCAGAUGAACUGGACCUAGAGUUUGUUCGGCGUGGACGGAUAGACAGGCAUGUCUAUAUAGGUUUGCCUGAUGCUAAGCAACGCCUUCAAAUUUUUGGUGUGCACAGUGAUGGGAAACAGCUUGCUGAUGAUGUUGACUUUGAGAAACUUGUGUUUCGUACUGUUGGGUAUUCUGGAGCAGACUUAAGAAACCUAGUUAAUGAAGCUGGAAUAAUGUCUAUACGGAAAGGGCACUCUAGCAUCCACCAGCAGGACAUCAUGGAUGUGUUGGAUAAGCAGUUGCUUGAAGGCAUGGGUGUGCUUCUAACAGAGGAAGAACAACAAAAGUGUGAGCAAGAUACCUCUUCUGAAAAGAAAAGAUUGCUUGCAGUACAUGAAGCUGGUCACAUAGUGCUGGCACACUUGUUCCCUAGAUUUGAUUGGCAUGCAUUUUCUCAGCUACUACCUGGCGGGAAGGAAACCGCGAUAUCUGUAUUUUACCCUAGAGAGGAAAUGGUUGGUAAAGGUUACACGACCUUCGGCUACAUGAAAAUGCAAAUGGUAGUAGCUCACGGUGGGCGCUGUGCUGAACGUAUUGUGUUUGGUGAUGAUAUUACUGACGGAGGAAGAGACGAUUUAGAAAAGAUGACAAAGAUUGCUCGAGAAAUGGUGAUAAGUCCCUGGAACUCUCGGUUAGGGCUUACAGCUUUGACAUCGAAAACAGGGUUGGCAGAUCGACCAGAUGAUCCUGAUGGUGUGACAAUAAAAUAUAAGUGGGAUGAUCCCUACGUAAUUCCUACAAGUAUGACGAUUGAAGUUUCGGAGCUAUUCACUAGAGAAUUGACAAGGUACAUUGAAGAGACGGAAGAACUUGCAAUGAAGGGAUUGAUGGCCAAUCGGCAUGUGCUUGAUGUAAUUGUGAAUGAGCUUAUGGAACACUCAAGAAUAACAGGAUUGAAAGCGGAAGAGAAAAUGAAAGGGUUAUCAUGUGUGAUGUUUGAAGAUUUUAUGAAGCCUUAUCAAAUAAACUUGGAAGAGGAAGGAACAUUGCCUCAUAAUGACAACUUGCAUUAUCAACCACUGGAUGUCUACCCUGCACCCCUUCACCGAUGUUAGAGGCUUGAGCAAAGAGUUGAAUUUCACCUUGAUUGAGGCAGGCUGUUAUUAGAUCCCAUUCUCAAGUUAUCACUAUGUACUGAGUUGAUGGCUCGAGAUCUCUCUCAUCCAUAGUGAGGGAAGCUGAUGAUCAUAGAGGGGAGGGGGAGGGGGAGGGGGAGGGGAGGGAGGGGGUGCUUGUUCUCUCUCUACAUACCAACUCCCAGGACAUGACUGAUGUCCACAGCGUCUUAUUCUCUUCCCCCAUCAUAGCAUGAUUGUAUGUGAUGAGUGUUGGCAGGCAAAACUGUCUGCCCUUCGUUGGGUGGGUUUAGGGAGAGGGAAGCAUAUUUUCUUUGUUGUGCAUCUCAGUUCUUUCACGUUUUUGUAAGCUUGGUUAAUAAUAAUGCAGUUUUCUUGAUGACAAAUUGAAUUAGGUUAAUGAUUCCCGCCCACAAUGAAUUAUCAAUUUUUCAUUUUCCCUUUCAAUUGAUAAUUGGUAAAAGUGCA